AUGUUUCGAUUGAAUUCAUCUCUGCUAUUAAUUGUUAUAUUUGUAUUUUCAAUAAAUGUUACUAUUGGAACAAUAAAUGAAUCGGUUGUUGACAACAUUGAACACUUGUUUUCAUUAUGGACGAUGCCUUGUUCACAAUGGUUAAAUGUAUUUACAAAUGAUGCUGUGUGGUAUCAUCCAAAAUUUCCUGAAGGUUUACAAUAUAAUCAAUUGCUAGAUUUUUGUAAAAUCAAUCAACUAACAAAACCAGCAUUAUUUCGUCAAGAUGGUCAAAUAAGAAUGACAAUUAGUGGCCAUACAAAUUCAUCUUCGUUAUAUCAUGUUAUGGUUCCUUAUGUUUAUGGACAAAUUCAAAAUGAAAAUAAUAGUUCAUUAUUUAUCAAUAGUGGCUUUGAAUAUGUUCAAUUAGUUAAUGAUUAUGAGAAUCGAAUUCGCAUUAAUAGAGUUGUGGAGUUUUUUAAUCGAGCGUCAUUACCAUUUGUUUGGCCACCAAACAAUUAA